AUGAGGACGUCUACACGAAAUAGUGAAGUAGACAUCAAUGGUUGGACGACAUUUGAUGUGCCUAAUCAAUUUGAAGAUCUACAAAAGCAACUCGCUACUGGUUCUUAUUAUGUACAAAAUGUGCUUGAUAUUGGUGAUAUUAAUACACGCUUGCAAAAUCUUUCACGAAUUCGAGAACCAAAAGAACUGCUUGAUAUAUUUUCAUUAUUCUACAGUAUUGCUAUUCAUUUUGAUAAAGUAUCGAUUACCGGUCGUUCACAAGCAGUUGAAGUAUUACUUCGAUUAACGGCGAGUGAAAUGUCUGAAGCUCAGCGACGAAUUCAUAUUGGUCUUUCAGCUGAUGAUCGGCGUUUUCAUUUAAAUAUUGUUAAAAUGCUUUCAUGUUUACUUGCUGAAUAUAUUAUUCGAUUUGAUAAUGAUCAAACUAAUAAAUCAUCCGAUUUUGAUAUGCCAGCACCAAAAAAAGGUAAAAAAACUAAAGAAGCUGAAAAUGGUGGAAAAGCAAUAUUGACAUCUGAUUCAUUGAGAGAUAAAUGUUUAAAAGGUCUUUGUGAUAUUCUUCGAUCACAUAUUAAACCAUUAUGGGAUUCAUCAAUAAUUGAUGAACAAUUUGUUAAAUGUGUAACUAAACCAUGUUAUCAUUUAAUACGUCGACCGGAUAUUGCAAAGAAUCCAAUUGUAAAAGAAAAUCUUCCAUUAAUACUUACGAUUAUGAUUAAUAAAUUUGAACAUGCACGAGAAGCUUCUAUUCAAUUUAUUCAAGCAGUUAAACUUUAUGAUAGUAAUUCAAGUUUAUUGGUUACUGUUCUUAAUUCACUUUUAAUUGAUUAUCAAGAUACAUCGUUAGCUAUUGAAUUAUUAAAAGAAAUUUGUGAAACUAAUUUUGUUGCUGCACAAGCUGAUAAUGCAUCUGCUAAAACAAUGGCAACAUUUAUUAUUGAUACGGCCAGACUUGAUCCACAUAUUAUUCGAACACAUAUUGAUCAAAUAACUGAUUUAUUAACAGCUGAAAGUCAUCAUAUUCGUGUUGGUGCUUUAACAGCAUUAUGUUCUGUCAUUGAAAAACUUCUUUCAUCCGAUGAAUUAGAUGAUGGACAAAGAAAAAUGCGUGAUGAUCUUUUACAAAUAUUACGUGAACAUGUAUCUGAUGUAACAGCAUUUGUUCGUCAACAUUGUUUACAAUUAUGGACAUCACUUGUAAUACAAAAAAAAGUUCCUGUUCGACAAUAUAUUCGAGCAUUUGAACUUGGACUUGAUCGUUUAAGAGAUUCAGCUUGUGCUGUUCGAAAAGAUGCGGUAACACUUGUUAUGCAUAUGGUUCUUAAUAAUCCUUAUUUUGUUGUUGAUUCAACUCGAGUUCAAUUUGAAGAAAGACAAAAUGAUGCUGAAACAAAAUUAGCUGAACUUCGUCAAGAACUUGAAAAAUUAAAUAAAAAUAUAAAAGAAAAUAAAAAAAUAGAAGAAAAAAAGUCUGAAUCAGAUGAUGAAGAUAGUGGAGCAGAAGAUAAAAGUAUUGAUGAAGAUGAUGAAAUGAAUGUUGAUAAUAAUCAAAAAAAAGAAACAGAACCAAAUGAAGAAUCAAAUGAAGAUCAAUCUCUACAAGAAACUUUAACUCGUGUUAAAAUUGAAGAACAAAUAAUGCGUGUAGAAGAAAUUGUUGCUUUGUAUAAAGAUGGUCUUCGAUUUAUGGAUUUAAUUGAACAAGCAAAUCGACAUGUUGUAAAUUUAUUUAAUUCUCCAACAUUAGCUGAUUGUAAACAAGCAGUCGAUUUUUUUGUUAAUCUUCGUCAUUAUCGUCUUGUUUUGCCAAAUAUUGAACAAAGUUUACGUUUAAUGUUUAGUCUUAUUUGGUCUGUUGAUAAAUCAAUAUGUGAAGCGAUUACACAAGCUUUUGUUAAAAUUUAUUUCGAUGUUGGACCAACAAUUCCUUCAGCACAUGCUCCUCUUCAUCAGGCUCGUGCAAUAAUUCGUGCUCUUAAAGGUGCAACAUUUUCUGAAGAAUUAUGUUUUGAAGAAAUUCUUAAACAAUUGAUCAAAGGGAAAAAAAUUGCAACUGAAUCAAUCACUGAAGCUUUAUGGAAAUUUUAUAAAGCUCCAUCGGAUGAUCAUACUGAUGUUAUAGCUGGAAAAAUUCUUACAUUUAUUGUGGGAAAUGAAGUCAAUACAAAACUAAAUGAUAUAACCGAUCUUAUUCAAGCUAAAGAAAAAAAUCGUCGUUUUGUACAUAUAUCUUGUUUACUUUUACAGUUAGCGGCUACACCAAAAAAGAUGGAAAAUGGUGUUCGACCGAAACAAUUUCGUUUACCAAAAACUCAUCGUCUCUUUGAAAUUCUUGGCAAUAUUAUUGUUUCAACUUUUCAUGAUGUUUCUGAUCGACAAUGGACACCGAUGAUGGAAUCAGCAUUUGAUGUUAUUUUUAAGUUAGCUGAUGGACCAAUAAAACAUAUUGAAAAUAUAAUAAAAAAACUUGCUGUUAAAACAGGCGUUAAACUUGGCGGCUUAUUCAAAGUCCCACUAUCAUCUCAAUCACAACCUUUAUCUAUUGAAUCAAUGGAUUUUGAAAAUGCUGGUAAUGAAAGUAAUCAAAAUCAAUUAUCUCAACUACAACAACAACAUCAUCAUCAUUCUCAAACAAAUGCAAAUUCAGCAUUAUUAUUAGUUCGAUUUUUAAAUUGUUUAGGAAAAGCAGCUGUUGGAAUUGUUUAUUAUGUUGAUUGUACAGUUAAAGAUGAACUUCUUCGUCGGAAAGAAGCUAAACAAUCAGCUGUAGUUAAUAAAAAGAUGCAGAAAAAAACGAGAAAUUCAAAAAAACGAGCAAAACGUAAAACACCAGAUGAAGAUGAUGAAAAUCAAUCAACAUCAAUGAAUGAUACAACGAAUAGUGCAUCAAAUCGUACGUUAAAUUCAACAAAUAAUCGAACUGUUGAUGAUGAACAAGAUGAUGAGAUGUGUCAGGUGUUUGGUGGUGCUGAAGCUGAAGAUCCAGUUGAUAAUGAAAUUGGUUUAUAUAUUCAAUCAUUGUGUGAAAAAAAUUCAUUGUUAAUGCAAUAUAAAAAUAUACUUGAACAAAUUCUUCUUCAUCCAAAUGAUUAUCGUGAAGAAGCAUUACAAUUAAGUGCUACAAUUUGUUUAUGUAAAUUUAUGUUAUUAUCAGUUGAAUUAUGUGAAACACAUGCAAAAAUGUUAUUUGAUUUAUUAAAAAAUUCAACAUUCGAAAGUGUUCGUGUUGCUAUUAUGGUUUUAAUGAAUGAUUUUUAUUUAAAAUAUCCAUUAGCAUUUGCUGCUUAUUCAAAUGAUGUUUAUGGUUGUUUACGUGAUCAAUCAGAUAAUGUACGUUUAGCUGCAUUAAAAACAAUUUCAAAUUUAAUUCUCAAAGAAAUGGUUAAACCAAAAGGUCAAAUAAGUGAAAUAGCAUUAUGUAUUAUUGAUAAACAUUCUCAAAUAGCUACAUUAGCCACAUCAUUUUUUAGUGAAUUAGCUAAACGACAACAUGGUGAAGCAUUAUUUAAUAUUUUACCAGAUAUUUUUUCGAAUUUAGUUGGCGGUGGAUUAGAUAAAGAACGUCAAUUAGACGAAGAUGAUUUUAAAUGUAUUAUGGAAUUUUUAUUUAAAUAUGUUAGUAAAGAAAAACAAACAGAAAGUUUAUCAGAAAAAUUAAUGCAACGAUUUCAUCUGGCUGAUAAUAAUCCCCGUUUAUGGCGUGAUCUUGCUUAUAUCAUGUCAAAAUUAACAUAUAAUGAACGAUCAUUAAAAGGUUUACUUGAUCAUUAUAAUUAUUAUGCAGAUAAAUUAGUUGAAGAUGCUGUUUAUGAAUCAUUUUUAACAAUUCUUAAUAAUGCGAAAAAGAACUUAGGAAUUAAACCUGAUUUACAAGUUGUACUUGAUGAAUUAUCAACUCGUAUCGAUCAAGCAAGAUCGUCAAAUGGAAUUUUAAUUGCUGUACAACAAGCACAACAAAAAACGAAACAGCAACCAAAAAGUAACAAGUCUUAA